GCCCAGAGGGUGUGUGUGAGUAGGACCCUGCCUGGCGGUGCAGGCCUCUGCACAUGUGCGUGCAAAGGGCAAGCCUCACCUGCAUACAAUUGUGCAAGCGCUCAGUGCCCAUGCGUGUGCAAGCCAUGGGGGCAAGAGGGCGCCGCUCUUUGCACGUUCAUGCAUGCAUGUGCCAGCCCCUGGCGGCAGAUGUGCGUGCACGGCUGCCAGCUCUGAAACGUGCAAGGGCAGACACUGACCCAGGGCUGGUUUGCAUGCCUGUCGCACACGCACUGACUCUUUCCCCUUCCCCCUGGCAGUUCCUGCAUGCCCGGGUGGCCCCGUGCGAGGCCCAUCUUCAUGACGCUGGUGCCACGGCCCUGCUCGUGCUCGGCUUCACCUUGCUGCUGCCGCUCCUGGUGCUGGGCCUGGCCGCCUUCGUCCGGCUGGCCCGGCGGCUCCAGCUGGGCUACUGCCUGCUGCCCUACAGCCUGGCCGUCUACCGGCACCUGCCCGCCGGCCGCUACCACCAGGCGGCCUGGUGCUGCCCCCGGGCCCGUGCGCACGCCCCGGGGGACAAGGUCUGGGUGUGAGGGGGCCCGGAGAGCCCUGCUGUGACCCCCCCCCACAGGCGAGA